GGACCCGUUACUAUGCUCUAAUAAGUUUAUCGUAUUUGCAAUAUUUGUGAUAUUUGCUCAAGUGAUUGAUUCUAAGGAAUGAUUUAAAACAAAGGAAAUAUUCUGUGCAAAAUAUAAGGACUUCGCUUUCUUAAAUAAAAUGAAGGUCACUAGAGAGAACACUAUUAUCUUCGUGUUCUUGUUUAGUCUUAAUAUUAACAGUUGUUAUGGCAUAUAUUCAGUUGAUUUAAAGUUUACGUCAUAUAAUUGUGAUGAGGAGGCAAGACGACUAACAGAGAGUAAAUUUUAUAACUUGUCAUGGAAUGGACAAACCUCUCCUAAACUUUGCGAUUUUAGUUUUACUGGAGGAGAGUACAAUAAUCAAAGAUCGUAUGAAGUAUGUUUUGAGUCAUUACUAUUUAAUCUGCCGUCUACUUUUGGAAAUGUGGAGCUACACAUACAGAACAAAACAGGAAGUAAAUCAAAAUGGUCAUAUGAUAGUGCUGACCGAUUUAUAGAGAAAACUUGUGUAAAACAGGCAUACAAGUUAAAAAUGUUCAUUAUUUUACCAAAUGGAUAUACAGAGCCCACUCAAAAGACCUACCUCAAUAUUAAAGUGACAGCCUCUCGAUUAGAAGAAGACCCAGUUGUAACACUUUCCAGUAUUAUUUUAACUGUAGUUGCUGUUGUGAUAUUCAUUGGGUGUGCGUGUAGUAUGUUCGGCUGUUUUAAGUCGGACAAUGGACCUAGUGCCGUACUUUCAUGUAUUGGUGAAUCAUUAUCAUAUUGUGUUAGAUGUAAAUGUUUUGGUGAUUGUAACUGUAGAGAUACUUUCUCAUCAUGUGACUGUGACGAUAUACUCAAGCCCUGCGGGGAAUGUUGUUCUGCAUGGGCGGGAUGUUGUGCAACACUCGUGUUAAGAGUGAGAGGUGAGAGUCCUCAAAAUCAUUCGUCAGAAACGACAGAAAUGGAUUCAAUACCACAGGAGUCGGAACCAAAUAGCGUGUCGUCAUCAAUACUUGAGACUACCGAACCGCCACCAAAUUACCAUUCAUUACAAGGAGAUCCAUUAGCGCCUCCUCCAAGCUACGAAGCCGCUACAGCUUAUAAACAACCUUCUGCUCCUCCAAUUAAGUAAUAAACACAUAAGGCGAUAAAUAUCAACGCCUCCUCGAAGUUAUGAAGUAGUUGUCAAAAACAAACUGAACUUGUCGUGGCAAACACAAAAACGGACCAAAAAACUAAAAAAAAACACAUUUAAAAAAAAAUCAAAAUCAAAAUCAAGGAUAAUCUUAGAUGCUUUGUAACGGUCAGCAGAUCAUGUUCCACGUGUGAUACUAUCAGAAACAUUCAGAUUUAUAAAUAUAACAAUAUGACAUCAAAUAGUGAUAACAACAGAGAUUGAAUAAAAAUAGACCACAUGGUCACAAAAAUAAACCGACUAAGAUAAAUCUAGAUUCUUACAUUGAUAAUCCACGAGUAACUAUGUAAGAAUCUGUUUCUCUAAUGAUUAAAAAAACAUUUCUUUUUUUUGUUAACCGAAAAUCCCCUUCGAGUGCCUUUCACAUUGCACGAAGUUGUCAAUUUCAUAAACACCUGUUAUCAUAUUUUGAUUCAUCCAGUUAGCUAAACAGGUCAUGACCAUUAAAAUCAUCCAAUGAUCUUUUGAGAUCACCAGCAACCACACGUUGAUUAAAUUUUUUAUACAAUGGGUUCGAAAAGGGAUAAAUUUCCAUAGAAUUAGAGAAACCACAUUAUACAAUUUACGAAACACCUUACAUUAACUUACGUUUGAGAAACACAACAUUACCUAAGACAGCAUAUACAACAAUGUAUAAAUGCAUACGGUCGAAUUUGAUGUAAGACUGUUGUAUAAAAAAGAAGAUGUGGUAUGAUUGCCAAUGAGACAACUAUCCACAAAAGACCAAAAUGACACGAACAUUAACAAUUAUAGGUCACCGUACGGCCUUCAGUAAUGAGCAAAGCCCAUACCGCAUAUAGUCAGCUAUAAAAGGCCCCGAUAAGACAAUGUAAAAUAAUUCAAACAAGAAAACUAACGGCCUUAUUUAUGUAAAAAAUGAACGAAAAACAAAUAUGUAACACAUAAACAAACGACAACCACUGAAUUACAAGCUCCUGACUUGGGACAGGCACAUACAUAAAUAAUGUGGCGGGGUUUAACAUGUCAGCGGGAUCCAAACCAUCCCCUAACCUGGAACAGUGGUAUUACAGUACAACAUAAGAACGAACUAUAAAAAUCAGUUGAAAUAGGCUUAACUCAUCAAAUAGACAAAAAAUAAAAGUGGACGUGGCCGGGUACUUAUACAUCCCGACACAAAAAGACACAAUGAACAGAUCUGAGAGUACUCGCAGUUAUAUGACAGCUAGUUCAAAGCCAUUCACAACUAAUAAUAUCAUGCCUCUAAGACUAAGCAAUCAAUCCGUACACAUCCAACAUACAAUGGAUUUAGUGUAAAGAGGUCAUAACAGCCAGGGAAAACAUGACCUUGUGCAAUGCCA